GUACGAUUUUAUAGCUCGUGAAGGAAUCAUGUUGGACUUUUACUAUAUGAUGUACUCGGCACCCUGCCGUUCAGUCCUGAUGACGGGAUUGGAGCUGAACAAGAAGCAGGUCGACCUGGAUGCCGGUGAGCAUCUGAAGCCCGAGUUCAUCAAGAUCAACCCCCAGCACACGAUUCCCACUAUUAUGAUGUAUCUGGCUGAAAAGUAUGCCAAGGAUGACCCACUGUACCCCAAGGAUCCCCAGCAGAGGGCCGUGGUGAAUCAUCGCUUGUUCUUCGACCUGGGCCCUCUCUACCAGAGCUAUGUCGACUACUACUUUCCCCAGUUGUUUGAGGACGUGAAGAAGCCGGCUGAUCCCGAGAAUCUGAAGAAGAUCGAUGCAGCCUUCAAUAUAUUCAACACUCUGUUGGAAGAUCAGCAGUAUGCAGCCCUCAACAAGUUGACUCUGGCCGACUUUACCCUGCUGGCCACCGUAUCCACUUUUGAAAUAACAGGGUAUGACUUUGGAAAAUAUCCGAAUGUGGUCAGGUGGUACGAUAAUGCCAAGAAGGUGAUUCCGGGCUGGGAGGAGAACUGGGUGGGCUGCGAGUACUACAAGAAAUUGUAUCUGGGCGGCCUUCAGGACAAACAAUGAUUUGGCUCUAGUUAACAAAUUGUAGAUUGUUUAUCAUGGCGAAUUUAACGCACUGUUCGAAUAAAGAGUACUCAUAUCUGGUGUUAUUU